GAUGGUGUUAGCAAAUGGGUCAAAUCGGACUUGGAGAGCAACUAAAUCGACUCAUGAAACAUGUUGGUCUUUGUCCAUAUGUUAAUAUUGAGAAAACAAAAAGACGAAGAUUUGCCCUUCAGAACAUAUAGUUCAGGAAUACAAGCCAAAUGACCUCCAAGGAUGCUCCAGGACAGAGAGAACAAAAUGACUUCUGUUAUUGUCCAUGAAACACGAUUGGUUCAUGUCCCAUACUUGUUCACUUAGGAAGAAGAGAUAUAUGACAUAUUUUCUGAAGGCUCAUUCUUGUAACGUCAGUAAAUUAUAUAUGAGGAAAUUGGUGCUUUGUCUAUUUGAUGAAGUCACUUGCAGUUACAUCUGUUGCCUACCAAUGAAUUAUUUAUUUAAAUGGUGGAAUCAUAAGGUUGAGGAUUCGGUGCAGCUGAAGCAUGUUGAGUUGGAGAUGCAGCUAUGUGCUGUCUAUUUAACAUUACAGCAUUUCUUUUUUGUUAGUUCAAUCAGUGCCAAAAAGUUUAAACCUUGUAACCGUGUGAGACCCAAAGCAGAACCUGUGGACAGUGAGUAAUGUAACAGAUUAUAAUCCUGUCUUCAUUUUUCCUGGCAAUUGAUGUGGGCCCAGUGUUGAUGACGCGGACUAAUAGUUGCAUACAAAUCCUGCAGGAUCAAGCUGUUGUAAAUAGCAACAAUUGCAGAGAAAGGUGGUAUAACACUAGCUUUCAGACAUCUAUAUCUAUGGGAAUAUUGGACAGUGAUGUACUUUCAUCAUUGGGUAGGCAAUACUGAAGUUGACCUAUCCAAGCUUUGCCAAUAGUGUCAUAAUUGUAUUUGACAGAUUUUGUGUCAUUAAGUAACUUACUCUGCUGCACAAUCAUUGGGCAUCUUUAUUACCCUAGAUAGAUGUGGCACUUUUAACCUGAUUCAUAAGAUAUUGUUGUGAUGUGAUACUUCGCAUGCUGACGCUGACCUACAAAUCUGGCUCUACGUUUGGCAAGAACACUUGUUGAAUUCAAUAAUAUUUCAUCAAUAAUGUUUUAACUUUUCUACAAUUCCCUCUAUUAACAGACAUGAAGGACUAUUCAACGGGUCUUGAAGAUCUCUUGGCAAGAAUUGUGCAAUAAAAUAGCAGCAACUGUGAUUUCAGGAGAUAAGUUAUGAUAAUAUUCAUGGAUUGAUUUUAAAGAUUAAAAGUAAAUAUUUUGGAUCAUAGGUCAGAAACAUUGAAGCAUGUGAAAAGGACUCUGUAAUAUUGGGUUUAGUAAUCUAGUCAUUCAUGAACUCUCAAUCAGGGACACUGAAAUAUUUAUGCAUUGGAUUUUUUGCUAUUAUUUAUAAACAUGUUACCACAUCUGCAACUUUAUGAAACUUGACAGGAUCCACAAUAUAUGUUAACUGUGAAAACAAAAGAUAAGAUCUUUAUUAUAUUUUUACAUGUAUAUGGUAUAUUAUAUCUGCAGCUUAUUCUACUGUUGACAGUAUUUAUUAAAGUGUCUUUAUUUAUUUGCUAUCUUUAUAUGCCAAUACAAAUUGUCAGUUGUAAAAACCAAAGAACUGAAUCUUUUUUGAAGUGGUUGCUGACCUUAGUUCAUGGAUUGUGAACUUCAAGGGAUAAAGGCAAUUAUGAAAAUGCUUAUUAUAAAGUCAAAUAAUAUGCAAGUCAGGUCAAAGGGUGCUUUGUAUGCGUGGCUAUGUAUUUUCACAUUGCUUCAGCAUACCAUGAAUGCAGAUGCUAUGGAAAAGCAUGUUAAACACCACAUUGAUACCAAGUAUCACAGUGCCAAGAUACAUAGUUGGGCAGUCAAAUUACAAGACAGUGAGCACUUUUACUACUAUUCUAGUCGGUGUGAACACAUCAAAAACAUUGCCAAUUCAGUAUCCAGAGCUAUUGCUGAUAGGUUAAAUGGUGGGUUGUUAUCUAAUUCUAAGAUUAGGGCUUCCGUUGUGUUUUAUCCAAUGGAAUAUUUACAACAUUUUGAUAUUUAUAUGUUGGAACUCAGGUUAAACAACAUUCCAGUCUCUAAUGUGAAGGAAACAGGUGCUUCUGAUGCAGAAACCAAGCCAAGUUUAGGAAAAGUAUCCAGGUCUCAAAAUGCCAAAGUCAGUCAAUUCGAUUCAAGUCAAAAGCCACUUAAAAAAGAGACUUUUUUGUACCCCAAAUCUGUGAUAAAAUUGACCAAACAUGAUAGUCAAGGUGUGUUUCCAGAAAGUAGCCAAAAAUCUUAUAUUGAAAACACUUUUCUGUUCUUACAUUCCAAGACAUUCAAGAAACAAACAAUGGAUAUGGAUUCUAAGUCUCACAAAUACCAGUUAAUUGGUGAUAAUAUAAGAACUGAAAACGAAGACAUUUUGAGCAAACCUGGAGGCAGAGAAGAUUUGUACUUGAAUUCUUCAACAUAUUUGAGAGAAGUUAUACAAACUGUUCACCAUAUAAUGGAUGUCUCUCCAGAAGUAUUAUGGUACAGUCAGCAGGUUAUUCGACCUAGAGUGAAACGCAGUUGGAACUUCAAGGACCCUGCCUAUCCCAGACAGUGGCAUCUGCACAAUGAGGUUAACCCCCAGAUGGACAUCAAUGUCCAGGAGGUGUGGUCCAGGAACAUCUCUGGACGAGGAGUGACAGUCGUGGUGGUUGAUGAUGGUCUAGAGUGGACAAACCCAGACAUUCAAGACAAUUACAGUCCUCAAGGAAGCUGGGAUCUGAAUUCUCAUGACAGUGAUCCUAUGCCUGCAAUUAAUAAAGAUAAAAAUCAUCAUGGCACACGCUGUGCAGGGGAGAUAGGGGCAGUUGCUAACUCUGUAUGUGCAGUGGGAGUGGCAUUUCAAGCCAAGGUUGCUGGUAUCAGAGUAUUGGAUGGUCCCAUGACAGACAGCUUAGAAGCAACAGCAUUUAACAAGAACAUGGAAGUCAAUGACAUCUACAGUUGCAGCUGGGGUCCAGAUGAUGAUGGCAAAACAGUAGAUGGCCCCCACAUCUUGGCACAAACUGCUAUGGAAAAAGGUGUCAACUUUGGUCGUCAAGGUUAUGGGAGUAUCUAUGUGGUUGCCAGUGGCAAUGGUGGUUUCCAUGGAGACAACUGCAACUUUGAUGGCUAUGCAAAUUCAGUUUAUACUGUUACUAUUGGGGCUGUUGAUGAAUUGGGGAACAUGCCUUAUUAUGCAGAAGAAUGUGCAUCUAUGUUAGCAGUCACUUUCAGCAGUGGAGGGCCUGGCUUGAGAAAUGUGGUGACAACAGAUUGGAUGGUGCGUGGAGGCACUGGUUGCACUGAUGAACAUUCCGGGACCUCGGCUGCUGCCCCACUGGCUGCUGGGAUGAUUGCGCUGAUGCUUCAGGCACGCAGCUGCUUGACAUGGAGAGAUGUGCAGCACAUUAUUGUAAUGACUGCUGUAAAGGUAGAUGAACAGGCCGGUCACUUCACCACCAACCAGGCAGGCCUCCACCACAGCCACAAACACGGCUUUGGACUCCUGGACGCUUGGAGACUUGUCAACGCAGCAAAGGUGUGGGAUCCAGUGCCAUGGAUGUCAACAUAUUCAUCACCAGAGGUCACUGUACAUACUAAAAUACCAAGACAUCCCCAAGUUUUAGAACUGAAUAUGACAGUUUCAGAAGAAGUCCUAGCAGGAUAUAACCUAUUUCUACUUGAGCAUGUGCAGGUGACUGUGACCCUGAGUCACCCCCACAGAGGCAGUCUUGACAUUCAUGUGACAUGUCCUAGCGGGACUGAUUCUGUUAUAGCUACACCAAGACCUAAAGACAGUUCAUCAGAUGGUUUCCAAGGUUGGACAUUCAGCACAGUGAGAUGUUGGGGUGAGAACCCAGUAGGAAUUUGGAAACUGAAGGUCACAGAUAGAGGAAACCACAUCUUUCCAUUUGGCAUCUUUGAGAAAUGGCAGUUGGUAUUGUUUGGAUCUCAGAUGAACCGUGGAAAUUUUGAGGCAAGAAAGAGACUAAUAUCAGAUGCUGUGUCUGGGAGGUAUCUUUAUGACAACUUCACAAAGCCUUGUCCGCCCCCUCCUGCCAACCAAGGUCCUGAAGCCAGCAUUCCACCCAAAACUCUAAAGAUUAUUUUGCUGAUAGGUGUGUUCUGCUUUCUGGUGGCACUAUAUGACACAUUUGAAUACAUGUUUUGUUACAAUGAUGAAAAGAAAGCUGCCUUGGUGCAACCAGGGAGUGCAGGAUCCAUGGCAACCAGUGGUAGUCGUGUCAACAAUUCCCAUGUUAAUAACCCUGGCAACAGGGGUUCAGAAUAUGCAAGACUCCUCAGCAAUAUUGAGGAAAAUAUCCCCAUGGUAGAAAUGCCAAGAAAUAUACCUGACAGGACCUCAGCAGACUGUCAAAGUAGUUUCCAUGACAACAGUUCCUAUGACAGCACAAGAGAGGCAGAUAGUGGCCAAAACUCACACCAUAAUUUUAGUCAAUAUCAACACAAUUCAAAUGCAGACUCUUCUGUAUUGUAUGACAGUGAAGUGGAUGGAGAUUUAGGUUUGGGGUCCACACGACAAAACACAAAGAGUGUAGGAGCAUUCAGUCAGGCUGCUAAUAUUGAGAGAAGUGGCAAAGAAACUGGAAUCCAAAAAUGGAAAAAGACAAUGUCAAAACUUAGCAUGGGGAAAUUUGAGGAAGUCUCUCUUCUAAGUAGUCCAGAUGGAGAUGUGUCUGAGUAAUAUUUCACACCGUCUUUCAUCUUAUAUAAGUUUGUGAGGAAGAAUAAUUCCUGCAGAUUUUCUCAGACCAGAGCAGUGACAUUGGAGCCUUUAGAAUGACAGAGCUGGAGAAAAAUAAGCUGUGAAUUUAAAUUGUCUCUUUAAUUUUCAAGAUUAACAAGUAGUUUUAAAUAUGUUACCAUAGAUGUGUACUAAUAUUGGUCUGUGUUUCAUCAUUGUUCAGAAUACUAGUUUUUGGUGCAUUGUGUGUUUAAAGGUUCUUCCAUUGUUUUAUACUACUACUCAAGCUGCUAGAUAUAAUUAACAGUAGUCAAUUACCUCAUUGUAACUCAAUGGGGUGUACCAGACAAUUAACCUGAUUACACUGAAAGCACUUUAGUGAGGAACCCUGCAGAGUUAGAUCAAUCCAGCUAGUAUGAAGGGUUUAUGGGAAUGCAGCCUGUGGUUGCUCUAUACCAUCUAAAUUCUUUCAAGUGAAUGUUAUCUCUAUUUGCAUCUUAAGUGUUUUGCAUCUCAUCUGCUAUCAAUCGAUAUAUAUACUGACAGUCAAUGAAAACGCAUCAUUUAUUUAUCAAAUAAUAUUUUAAGUUCCUUUGGCACAUUAAGAAAAUAACAGUUUUCGUGUGAAAUAAGUUAAUUAUGAAAUAGUGGUCAGCCCACUCUCCAAACAAGUGCUUUUGUACUCCUUUGUAUGGUUUGAAUCGAUUCUGGGUAAAAAAGUACAAGAAAGUUUUCUGAUGCGUUUUCAUUGACUGUCGGUGUAUAUAAAACAUAUAUUUCUGAUAUACCAAAGAUCACCUUGUAUUUUAAAUUUGACUUUAAGAUUUAAUAUGUGGUUUACAAUUUUAAAUAUAAUUUCCUUGUCCUGUGAUUGUUCAAUUUUAGUUUCAGCCAUUGGCUUAUUCAUAGGUAAGUUUUUUUUAAUUGAAAUACAUUAUUUUAUGUAAUAAUGAGGUGCUUACUGGAUUAAAAUUGCUUUGCAGUAUAAGUUGGGCUUAUCAGACAAAGAUAAUGGUGUUUACAUAUUUUAUUUUAUUUCUUCUGAUUUGCAUUUAAGAAGAUUAAUGUUUAAAGGUACACUCCAUGGGUUUGAAAAUGCUCUAAAUGCUUAUUUUUGCUAACCACAGCUUCCUAUAAACCUUCCAUACACCUUAAAAUGAUUUAAUCCCUAAAAUAGUUUUUUCUUCUUUUUUUUUAUACCUGAUGUUGAUAUUUCCAUCAAAGCUAAGGAAGAUUCUUGUUGGUUAUAAUGACUGACCAUUCAUUUUAAACUAAAUCAACCCUUUAUUAAUUCAAUUAAAGUUCGAAUCCAAGUGCAGAGAGAGAUAGGUGAGAAAUUCUUGAGUACAUGAAAAUUGCAUAUUUUUGUGGGAAAAUCCUUUUGGUGGUUAAAUCCCAUGGAGUUUCCCUUUAAACGCUUAUUCAUGUAUACAUGUUGGUUAGAUACACUAGUUCUUCCAGGUUUGGAAUGUUUAUAGUGAAUGUUUUAAAAGAAAAUCCUGUGGUGCAAUAAACA